AAACGUUUCCUCUUCAUCUUCUUUCCUCCAUCGUUAUCUCCUCCCCGCGUCCAUUCCCCUUUCUCUCUCUACUUUCUCUCUCUAUACAUAUAUAUACAUACAUACAUACCCACAUACUUGUUCCAUAUCUUUUAUUGCUGAAUUGCAUUUAAAUUGAAGCUCAAUCAGAAACAAAAAAAAAAGGGAGAAUACUAUAUUGGUGGUAGAAAUUCUGAUCAUAUUUCAUUUUAGUGUGGGAAUAUGUGUGAAUCGAACUCGGAUGUUGUUAGAUGGGGUCUUCAUUACCUUGAUGUGGACCAUAUUUUUAGUUCUACGUAUUACGGUGAUAGCAAUCAACACGACGUAAACAUAUGUCAUGAACAAUACAAUGGAGGUAGUUAUCAAGAAACCGAACUUAACGAUGUAAGAAACGAUGAAAUGCUUGCUCACUCUCUUCAACAAGAACUAUUGGAUCUCUCGAUUUCGGAUGAAGAUGAGUUAUCCAAUGUAUCUAAUCCAGUUGAUCAUUUACAAAUAUCCAAUGAUACUCAAGAUUGGUAUGGCCGUCCCUCGUCAGAUAAUUAUUAUUAUGGUGAUGAAUCCAGAUUACAUGAAACAGACGAAAUGGGUCCAUCAAGUUCAUGCUCGAGCCCUGAAAACGUAUCUUAUGAUGGGGAUGACUAUUCGUAUAAUCUUGAAAUAACCGACGAAUCCGAUCUUGAUGGAGAAGUAUGCAAAAGAUUAAAUGAAAUCAUUCCUAUUCCUCAUAUCCCCAAAAUUAAUGGAGACAUACCGUCAGUUGAUGAAGCUACUUCUGAUCAUGAGAGGCUAUUGGAGAGGUUGCAAGUGUAUAACUUGAUUGAAUCCAAAGUUCAAGGCGACGGUAACUGUCAGUUUCGAGCUUUAUCUGACCAAUUUUACCGUUCACCAGAGCAUCAUAAAUUUGUGAGACGACAGGUGGUUAAUCAGCUGAAAUCACAUCCAGAAAUAUACGAAGGAUACGUCACCAUGGCGUACAAUGACUACCUAAAAGGGAUUUCCAAGAGUGGAGAGUGGGGAGAUCAUGUCACCUUGCAGGCAGCUGCAGAUUCUUAUGGUGUCAAAAUUUUUGUUCUAACCUCAUUUAAAGAUACUUGUUCAAUUGAGAUUCUUCCAAAAGUGCAGAAGUCAAAACGCGUUGUUUUCUUGAGCUUUUGGGCUGAGGUGCACUACAACUCUAUUUAUCCUGAAGGAGAAUUACCGCCGCCUGAAUACAGGAAAAAGAAACGAUGGUGGAAUUUUAAAAACCGGCAUCAAGCAUAUCUUGAUUGAAAAAAAAAAAUGUUGUUCUGUCUAUUAAGUUAAAAAUGUUUUACUUUUGAUUCUUAAAAUCUAUAGCAAAUAAAUUAUAAGUUA